UGUCAUCAUAAAUCAAAAUGUCUCUGAUACAAAAGAUUCUGUGUCUGUGCUUAAUAGGGUUGUCGCAAACGGCAAAUUUAACCUAUGACGAAUUAAAACGGGAGUUAGAAAGUUAUAUUGAAAAUAAACAAAAGGAAAUAAACCAAAGAUAUCGGCCUUUGUAUCAUGUGGCACCACCAGUUGGAUGGAUGAACGAUCCCAAUGGAUUUGCUUAUCACAAUGGAUUAUUUCAUCUUUUUUACCAAUUCUACCCUUACGAUAGUAAGUGGGGUCCAAUGCAUUGGGGCCAUGUUACUAGUACUGAUCUUGUUCAUUGGAAACAGAAGCCGACUGCUUUAAUACCUGAGGAGGAGCAAUGUUUCUCAGGAAGUGGUAUCAGCGAUGACAAUAAGCUGGUGUUAAUGUAUACUGGGCAUGUUCUUACAGAAGAAGAACCUUUCUAUAAACAAAGUCAAUAUCUUGCUUUAAGUGAAGAUGGAGUUAACUUUGAAAAGUUCAAUUCAAAUCCAAUUAUUGAAAGCCCUCCUAACAAUUCACCUGACUUUCGAGAUCCAAAAAUUUGGAAGCACGGAAAUGAAUUCUAUGCGGUUAUUGGCAGUAAAGACAAUGGCAAUGGAACUGUGCUUCUAUAUAAAUCAAGUAAUUUGAAAACUUGGGAAUAUUUAUCAGUACUCGGACAAUCUACUGGGGAAUUGGGAUACAUGUGGGAAUGUCCAGACUUUUUCGAAUUGGACGGGAAGUUUAUUUUAUUGAUGUCACCUCAAGGAGUAAAAGCAAAUGGUGAUAGAUAUAAAAACGUUUAUCAGACCGGCUACAUGGUGGGAACUUUCGAUUAUAAUACGAGUCGUUUUGAAACAGAUGGUGUAUUUCAAGAACUAGAUUAUGGUCACGAUUUUUAUGCUGCCACGACCACGGAAGCUAAGGGCAGUAGAUACCUUUCAGCUUGGUUUAGUAUGUGGGAAGUGACACAUCCGGAGGAUGUUGAUGGUUGGAUAGGCACAACUACGUUAGUUAGGGAGCUGAGGUUCGUUAACAAUCGUUUAAUUAUGAAACCGGUUGCAGAAAUUGUUGAUCUAAGAGAAAGUUUAGCUCUCCAGGGGGAUUUUAAAGCCAACCAGGUGCAAGAAUUUGGUAAAGCAGUAGAAAUUUUAAUUGAAGGUAAUUUAAAUCAGAAUAUUGACUUGUUAUUAGAUGGACCAAACGGUGGUGGCCAAGUGCAGUUAAAAUGGGACGCAAAAAAUGGUACAGUUUCUGUGAUCAGAGAAGAAGAGGUGCGACGAGUAGUGUGGGCACCUAUUGAUUCUCAAAUUUGGCGAAUUUUCCUGGAUACAAGCAGUCUAGAGUUGUUUUGUGGAGAAGGUGAAGUAGUUUUCAGUAGUCGAGUUUAUCCUCUCGGUGGGUGGAGACUUACAAGUAAUAGUCCUCAGACACUUAAAAUUACAGCUUAUACUCUAAUGAGAAGUGUCCCGGACAAUGCCAGCAUUCGAAUUAAAAGUUUUAGUGGAACAAUAAUAAGCCUUAUCACCUUGCUAGCCUUGCGUAUAAGCAACAUUUUAUAAAAAGGACGUAUUAAUAUUUUAUGAUAAUUAUUGAAGAAAUUAAUAUUUAAGACUCAAAAUGAGUCUUAAAUUUAUACAUUGAUACAAAUGUUUUAAAAGGUAAGUUGUAAUAGAUGUACCAAUGCAUAGAAAUAUAUUGUAAAAAGGUGAUUUUGUGAUAAAUUAUAAAUACAUAUUUUUAAGUCGGGGACGACUAUUAUUUAGUUAUGUUUUACGUAGAAUCGAAAGUUGCCAAUUUGUUACGUCUUUAAGAUUAAAUGUAUUUACAAUUACAAAUGUUUACUUCACCAUAGUAUGUUGUAACAAAUUAGUUUGUCUAAUGCAUUCUAAAGAGAAAUUCUGUUAAAUAAAAUGUAUAUCAUAUUUUGAUCGCUAAAACGGAGGUUAUUUGAACGUUAUAAGUAAAUGUAAUUUUAUUUAUCUCUAUUUUAUAUCUUAAUGUGAAAAAGAUGGAAUAUCAUGGAUUGAUAUAUGAAAUUUAAAGCUGUUUGAAGAAAAAGCCUCAAAAUUAUCUUCUUAGCUUCUGUACUUACUACAACAUUCGAAAUUACUGAUAUUUAAAGAGUUACAAACAUGUUUAGGUAUACUGUUCUGUUUUAAAAACAUUAAAGAACAUUGUCCUUGUUUAGUUAUAUUAUAUGGAAACCAAACCAAACGCGAUAUUAUUAACUUUGGGUUAGCACAGCGACGUUUUGAAAAUGUAUUCUUGGACCUUGAUUAUAAAAUAAAGACAAAUAAUUCAGACCUUAAUACCCCGGAACAUAUCGAUGUACAAAACCACAGGACCUUCACCGACGUAGAAGCCGUACUUCUUCAUCUUUAUUCCUUCGUGUUCUCUCUUUAACGAUGUCGUAAGUUGAGGUCUGGCUUUUUAGAGGCACCAUUGGGAAGGGUCCACCCACAAGCUCAAUUUAAAGAGUAGGUCCCAAGCGGAUUUCCCACCCUACCCGGUGACAAUUUCCAAGCCAAUUAGAAUAACAUAAGGAAAGUAGACAAAAAGUGUUUUCAAUAUAAUUAAAAAGAAAUAGAUUAACAAAAUUAAAGUCAUAACAACUUCAACAUUUCUUUAAAUACGAAGUUAAUUAGAAUAAAAAAGUUAAUGCGAUCAAAAGAAAAAUUUCGCCUUAUUAUAUUUAAGUUAACUUACAAAUUAUUACAGUCAACGAUUUGAUAAUUUUCCUAUUUAGUUUCCAAAAAGCAAUCAAAUUUACUUUGCUAUCAUCAAUAAAGAUUUAACUUUGA